AUGUUACCGGAUUUUGAUUUAAAUGAACCUGAACAUUCCUGUACCAACGUGUUACAUGGACCCUUAAAUGCAGGCAAAUCACUGACGCUCUGGAGCAAGUUUAUGGAGACAAUGCCACAAAAAAAUCAACAACCUACAAAUGGAAAAGUCGGUUCAGAGAGUGAAGAAACGAAAUUGAAUAUGAGUCAUCAACGUCAAUUUGAAAGCCUACGCGUUGCUCUCGAUGGUCGGAAGAAAGUAACAGUUGCUUGUCAGGCCCUGGAUGAGAGGCCACAGUUCACUUCAGGGGAUAUUGCUAUGAUAAGUUUCCUGAGCGUGAUGUUGGUUGUGAUGGCGACUGGCACUGCUGCAGACGUCUACUCCCGUGCCGCCACUUCGUCAGCGCCCAACUUAGGUGUCCGGUUCCUGCUUCCGUUCUCGGCGUACACCAACCUGGAGAAAAUGUUCCACGUGGCGACCGAGCCUCGUCCGGGGGUCAUCUCCUGCCUGCACGGAAUGAGGGUUUUAUCUAUGACCUGGGUGAUUCUUGGCCACCAAUACGUCUUCGAUACACUCUUCAGCGUCAACUUGCAACACCUCCAGAAGUGGACCAACAGCCUGGUCUUCCAAGUCAUUGCCAACGCAUCUUUGAGCACGGACUCCUUUUUCUUCCUGUCGGGGCUCCUGGUGACCUACGGCGUCCUGAAGGAGGUCAAGAGGACGGGCAGAGUUGAUAUCAUUAUGUAUUAUGUGCAUAGGAUUAUCAGGUUAACGCCCCCUAUAGCAGUCGUCACGCUCUUUCUUGGGACGCUGUUCAGGUUCCUCGCCUCUGGACCGAUGGCGUAUUACGUGACCUCGAUGUACACAAUCUGCUCUAGCAAAUGGUGGUUUGAUGUCCUCUAUGUCAACAAUUUCCUCGCCUUUAAUGAGACCACCAAUCAAAUCACUGAUUGCCUCGGCCAGUGCUGGUACACCGCCGCGGACACACAGAUGUACCUGGUGGCUCCCCUCGUCCUGUUUCCCCUCGCCUACUCCCCCGUAAAAGGAAAGAUUCUUUUGUAUGUGGUAACUUUAGCGUCAGCCGUAAUCCCUGCAGCGGUUAUCUAUGUCAACGAUUUCCCACCUGGAUCGAUAAUAGGUGGUGAUGAGUAAGUGCUGAUUUCUCAGUUGCC